UCGUCGUGUCACGAGCGAAUCCAGUCGCUCGGAUCUGGCUCGCCUCGGGGAGGGUCUACGUGUGGUCGCGUACCCCCCGGUGCCCCCCGUACUUUACCGCGUCCCGUACCCUCUCUGUCGUCGUGCGCGCUGCCGGAACCGUCGUUGUUUUGCGCCGAUAAUAAAUAAUAAUCGCGUGCGUUUUCUUCCUCCGACGAUCGGAGGAUCUCCCUCCGGAUCUCCCGCUUCGCACGCGUCCACUACGCGGGAAACGAGGGUGCGUUAAAUGCCGAGGUGAUCGAAGGAGUGUCAUGGUUCCGGUGAAUGGAGAUCUCGACUGUUCACGAGUAGCCACGACAAGCUGUGUACGAUUACGCUUCCGUGCAAUUUCCACGCGCGCGACGUAGGUCCUCCACGGCGGCGCUUCUCCGAUGGAGGCUCGAGAGGGCUGAGGGAUCACAGCCGCAGGCGGAAACAUGCCCGGACGAUCGCCGGCAAGGGCGUACGAGCGGCCCAUUGCGAGCGGGGGCCGCGGACUCGCCGCCACUUGAAUGUCACCGCCGGAGAACAAAUGACCAGGGCGCGGGAUGGGCGAGUCCUGGCUCUCGGUCUUACUCGCUGCCACGCUGACAACGAUGACGAUGACGGCGGUGACCAAGGCCGAUCUUUCCUCGACGCCGUCUCCGUCUCCGUCGAUCGCUCGUGACGACAUCGUCGAUGCCAAACGGGCGGCCAUCGAGGAAGCGCUGGACGUGAUACAGGCAGCAUCGACAGGCUCCCUAGGGGAGGUUUGCGUCAGUACGGCGGGAUUUAAAUCCCUUCCGGCUGGCGUCACCCUGGACCCGAGACGUUACGACACAGCCCGCCAGAAGGCCGACAUGACCGCUAUGAUGCUCCAGAAUCUCGGGGCUACCGAGGCGAUGCGACGUAACGCAGCCCUUCUAGACGCCCUGACCAAGUCCUUGCUCGUGUCGGUGGACGACGCGGUCGAGGCGAGGGUGAUCGCGCUGAACGCCACCACCGGCACGGUGAUCACCGCGGUGUGGCUGAAACGCAGCCCCGGCAGCGUCGGCGAGCCCUCCAAGGUCGAGAGUCACGCGGUCCAGCCCGGAUCGCGGCCGGAUCCCAGCCUACCCUGGUUCGAGAAUGCGGGUGGAAGCGCCGGAUUAAGGUCACCGAAAUUCAUGCAGUCACCGCCGAUUGAAUCCUACAGGGGUUGGUGGACCAUCCCGUACUUCUCCUGCAAGAGUCGCCGCUGGCUCAUCUCGUACAGCGUCAACGUGAAGUCGCCAGAUCACCGACCCGGGGUACGGGAAUUCAUCAGUAUGGAUAUCGAUAUAAACGGGCUGGAGGUGAAUCAGUGCGACGCCCCGACGCAGAACCGUAACGACGAACAACUCGAGGCCGUCUCGAGCAAUCAGAUAGCCUUCUUUCAGGGCACCCACAAGUGCCAUACCGACACCACGCAAUGCGUGUAUCAGGGACCGGAGAGCCGAGUGAACGGAAAUAGGGUGGGCGCCGGUUGGGCAAAGGGCGCGUACAUAUGUAAGUGUCGGCAGGGCUUUUAUAGUGUCAAUCAUCAUCGACCGGGCUUUGAUGGGUUCCUCGUCGAAGCCGCGUGGAAGGAAAUGAGGGAGAACAAGAGCGACUCCUACGAGGAGCAGUUCCGAUGUUUACGCUGUGCGCCGGGAUGCGCCAGGUGCAAGGGUCCUGAACCUUGCUUGGCGACGUACAACUGGCCGUUUAGAAUCUCGCUGCUAGCUGUCUCAAUUUUCUGCGCGUUCGGCACCAUCGUCCUGGUAGCGUACAUGUACCAGCAUCGUAAACUAAAGGUAUUCAAGGUCGCUUCCCCGAUAUUCCUGUCUAUCACGCUUCUGGGCUGCGCCUUGAUGUAUCUCGAGAUGGCCGCUAUAUUCCCAGUCCUCGAUAUGUAUUCAUGCAUCGCCACAAAGUGGACGAGGCACAUGGGAUUUUGCGUCUCGUACACGGCGCUUUUAAUGAAAACCUGGCGAGUGUCGCUUACGUAUCGCGUGAAAAGCGCCCACAAAGUUAAGCUGACGGACAAGCAGUUGCUGCAGUGGAUGGUGCCCAUCCUGCUAGUGAUGCUGAUCUACCUCGGGACGUGGACCGUCAGCGCGCCGCCUUACGCGGAGGUAAUCACGGAUAAUCACGAUCUGAAGUUCUACCAAUGUUCUUACAAUUGGUGGGAUCACAGCCUGGCUAUCGGUGAAAUUCUCUUUCUCGCCUGGGGCAUAAAGGUGUGUUACAACGUGCGAAACGCGGAGAGUCUGUUUAACGAGGCCCGUUUGAUAAGCUACGCCAUUUACAAUAUAGCCGCGGUGAAUAUAACCAUGAUAGCCAUUCACCUCUUCAUAUUUCCCCGUGCCGGACCGGAUAUCAAAUACCUGUUGGGCUUCCUGCGGACUCAGCUUUCAACGUCCGUCACGGUCUUCCUCGUAUUCGGCCCUAAAGUAAUCAGAGUAUUGCGAGGCCAGGGAGAUCAGUGGGAUAGUCGUGCGAGAGCACGCGGCGUUACAGCGAGCUUUUCCCUGAAUGGAAUCGGCUUGGUGCCGGAGGAAACGACGGAUUUGUAUCAGGAAAACGAAGAGCUUAAGGAGGAGAUCCAGAAGCUGGCAGCGCGAAUCGAGUUCAUGAAGAUAGUGCACAUGGAGAUGCACAAUCGGCACAUCAAACCGAAGAUGGGCGGUUACUUCAGCACGCACGGUCACGGUCACGGGCAUCCAUCCGCCGGCCAGAGUCCCAUCGCCAAGAGCUCGACGGCCAGCUUCAUCCUCAAACAGACGGCCGUGGAGCGAGGUGCAACGGCAGCCGCGGCCGCGGCCGUCGAGGACUCGACCUUUCCGUCCGGAAGUCUGCACAGAGCGCGUAGGUCGGAAAUGCUGAGAGAGAGGAAGGCGGAGAGGGAGAGGGAGCGCGAGAAGGAGCGGAACAAGGAAAAGGAGCAGAAGGAAAGGCCGCGAUCGAGCGGCGAGAAGGUUUGACUAGUAGUCAACAGCGAGGAGGUAUGGUUGUGACGAAGACAGUGUCUCGACGAAGCUAAAAGAGCGCGAGGGGGCCGAAGAAGAAGGAGGAAGAAAAAAUUGGAGAUAUUCAGGUUGUAUCCUUUAAAGGACAGGAGACUGCCCGUAUUUGUAUGAAAAUACGUCGUAUAUAAUCAAAACUCAUCGCGAUCACUGUCUUCGCGUCGUUGUGAUAGCGAUAUCUUCGAUAUAAUUACUAGAUGUACAAUAUAUCUCUUGAAAUCAAAAAUCAAUCCUCCAAUGAAUCCGAGACGGGCGAGAGGUGAAAGGCGACGACGACGGCAAAAAGUACUUCGUGUCUCCAUUUAUUUUUCCAGCGGCUACUUCCAAGGGAUUCACGAUUCUAAAAUCACCUCGUUUCUUCAGACAUGCGAAAAGCGCUCGAGCGCAGCGCGGACACACCGCGAAUUGCGAGAGGAAUCGUAAAGUAAAUUGUAUAAAUUUAAAUAAUGUGGAAACGCUUCGUUAAAGGAAACCACGAUAUCGAAGGCUGUCACAAAUGCACAAAGGACGCGCAGGCAAGUUCGCGGAGUCGUCGUCGUCUUCGACGAUGUAUCUCGCCCUCCCGACGUCGCUUCGUUGCGAGCAUCCGAUAGAAAACCGUAAGAAAACGCGUGACUUUUGAGUUAUCCCCUUUGUCGAAAUCACGUCCACGCGUGCACGUGUGCGUACCUUUACGUCAUACGAAAGUAUAAAGCUCCCGACAUUUUCGAUAUUAAGGACAAACGUAGGGUACCACGAAGGUACCCUUCUUAAAUGUUACAUAACCGUCGUCGUGUUCCCGGGUUUUCAAAUAGCACCGUUCCCGGCGGCUUUAUCACGCCGAGGGUGGCACGUCAUCCUCCUCAUCGACGACGAAUACACUUAAAUGCACAAUUUGAAUGUGAAUGUUAAUUUAAGCGUGUAAUAUAAUACGAGUACGAUAGGCGCGUACCUCUUUUCCGACCCGGACGCUCGGACAGAUUUAACACUCGACAAGUACGUUGUUGAACGCGUAUAGGGAAUCGUUUUCGUCGUUAAGUUUAUCACUUUGCGAGGCGAGAUGUGACUCUCUUAUUGUAACUCUUGUUCCCGCGUCCUUAUUGUCUCUCCCCCGUGUUUGUGUGUCGCCUUUAUUCGAUUAUUCCAUUUACAUUUUGCUCAUUUCCGAACGUAGAAUCGCGUUUUAAAAUUGCGAACAACCGAGCGACAAUUAUUCGUAACAGAUUAUAUAAAUGUUACAUGUGACAAUAAAGUUACACGACGGGCUGUAAAAAGAAGAGGAGGACGAAGAAGAAGAAGAAGAAGAAGAGGAGGAAGAGAUAUCAACUUUGUUGACAUUCGUAGAUUCGCGUUUGCGCCCGUAGAGAAAAAGAGAAGAUAAAUAGAGGA